AUGCCUCACUGGCUGUCUCUUGCUCUGCUGGCCGCAGCGGUGCCAUGCAGCUUGGCCUCUCCCAAAGGGGCCAGUAUCGAUGCACGCGAUUCCGACGAUGAACCGUUCUCUCCGCCAUACUAUCCAGCCCCGAAUGGUGGCUGGGUGUCCAAUUGGGCCGAGGCAUACCAGAAAGCGCACCGUAUCGUGAGCAACAUGACACUGGCCGAGAAGGUAAACAUUACCACCGGAACUGGAAUUUUCAUGGGCCCCUGCGCCGGCCAAACAGGUAGUGUCCCUCGAUUCGGCAUCCCGAACAUAUGCCUCCAUGAUUCUCCAUUGGGUGUGCGCAAUACAGACCACAACACCGCCUUCCCCCCGGGGAUUACGGUUGGUGCUACGUUUGACAAGAGGCUCAUGUACGAGCGCGGGGUUGGUCUUGGGGAAGAAGCACGCGGUAAAGGUGUCAAUGUGCUACUUGGCCCGUCUGUUGGCCCCGUGGGGCGGAAACCAAGGGGAGGCCGUAAUUGGGAGGGGUUUGGAUUCGAUCCGAGCUUGCAGGGUCUUGCCGCUGUACAGACGAUUAAGGGAAUGCAAAGUACGGGAGCCAUUGCCAGUCUCAAGCAUUUCGUAGGAAAUGAGCAGGAGAUGCACCGCAUGAGCAGCGUGGUCACACAGGGCUACUCGUCCAAUAUUGAUGACAGGACACUUCACGAAUUUUAUCUCUGGCCUUUUGCUGAAGGUGUACGUGCUGAAGUAGGAUCGGUGAUGAUUGCUUACAAUGACGUAAACAAAUCGGCCUGCAGUCAAAACAGCAAACUCAUUAAUGGAAUACUUAAGGAAGAACUCGGUUUCCAGGGAUUCGUCGUAACUGACUGGUUGGCGCACCUUGGUGGAGUCUCAUCUACAUUGGCUGGCCUGGAUAUGAGUAUGCCUGGAGAUGGAGCCAUUCCACUGUUUGGGGAUAGCUAUUGGGGCCCUGAGCUUUCCCGCUCUAUUCUCAAUGGAACUGUUCCGGUUGAACGAUUGAACGAUAUGGCUACUCGUAUCCUAGCAACGUGGUAUAAAAUGGGCCAGGAUCAGGACUACCCACUUCCCAACUUUUCCAGCAACACGGAGGAUGAGAAGGGCCCUCUCUACCCAGGUGCCCUCGUUUCUCCUGUCGGGGUCGUGAACCAAUACGUGAACGUCCAGGGAGAUCAUAAUAUCACUGCUCGAGCUGUCGCCAGGGACGCCAUCACACUCCUGAAGAACGAAGGAGAUUUGCUGCCAUUGAAGCGCAAUGACUCGUUGAAGGUCUUCGGUACUGAUGCCGGGCCAGACCAACAGGGCCUGAAUUCUUGCGCCGAUAAGGGAUGCAACAGGGGCGUUCUUACAAUGGGGUGGGGAAGUGGCACAUCAAAGCUUCCUUACCUCAUUCCGCCACAAGAAGCAAUUGCCAACAUUUCUGCCUCAGCUGAAUUCUAUAUCACGGAUAGUUUCCCUUCGUCUGUUGAAGCCCACGAUGACGAUAUUGCUGUCGUCUUCAUCAACUCCGACUCUGGUGAGAAUUUCAUCACGGUCGAAGGCAAUCCAGGAGACAGAACAUCCGCCGGCCUGCACGCCUGGCAUAACGGUGAUGAUCUUGUCAAGGCUGCUGCUGAGAAGUUCUCUCAGGUGGUCGUGGUUAUCCACACCGUCGGUCCCAUCAUUCUCGAAGAAUGGAUCGACCUAGACCCUGUCAAGGCCGUUCUCAUCGCUCAUCUUCCAGGUCAAGAAGCCGGUUACUCUCUGACAGAUGUCCUAUUCGGUGACUACAGCCCAAGUGGACAUCUUCCUUACACAAUACCCUACCAAGAGUCAAACUACCCAUCAAGCGUCGGCUUACUCCAACAGCCGUUCGGUCAAAUCCAAGACUACUACACUGAAGGGCUCUACAUCGACUACCGCCAUUUCCUCAAGGAGGAAAUCACCCCACGUUAUCCGUUCGGUCACGGAUUGUCCUAUACAACCUUUAACUUCUCGGAACCAACGUUAUCGACUGUUACCCCAUUAGAUAGUGCUUACCCCCCGCCUCGCCCAUCCAAGGGCCCAACACCGACAUAUCCCAAUACCAAGCCGGCCGCAUCCGAAGCCGCCUGGCCAGACCACUUCAAUCGGAUCUGGCGCUACCUCUACCCAUACCUCGACAACCCUGAAGGUGCCGCCGCCAACUCCUCAAAGACAUAUCCUUACCCGGACGGAUAUAGCACGGAUCCCAAGCCCCCCUCACGUGCUGGUGGCGCAGAGGGUGGUAAUCCCGCUCUUUGGGAUGUUGCAUUUUCUGUUCAGGUAACUGUCACGAAUACAGGCCAGCGGCCCGGCCGUGCAGUUGCUCAGUUGUAUGUUGAGCUACCCGACUCUUUGGGGCUCGAUACCCCGAGCAGGCAAUUGAGACAGUUUGAGAAGACGAAGGUCUUGAAGCCUGGUGAGAGCGAGACUGUUACCCUGGAUGUUACGCGGAAGGAUGUGAGUGUUUGGGAUGUUGUAGUGCAGGAUUGGAAGACGGCUAUUAAUGGGCAGGGUGUGAAGGUGUACGUUGGGGAGAGUGUGCUUGACCACCGGGUGAAGUGUGAGGUCAGUGGAAAGUGCUCUACACUAUAA